GCUUUUUCUCGCGUGUUUUCAGGAAAGACUUUAUCGCCGGGGAGUCAAACCCCCGCUGUUAAACGCCUGCGGAUCCAAGGCGCUGCCUCCCCGCUGGGCCGGGCCGGGGGCGGCGGCGGAAGCGCGUGUGUGGGAGCAGCGCCGCCCGCUCGGUGCGGGCCAUGGCGCGGGCGCUGCUGCAGCGCUGCGAGGCCGCGCGGCUGCGGGUCAGCCCGCCCGACAGCGGGGACCGCGCCGAGUGGGUCGAGAUCCAGAGGGGGCUUGUUAUCUACAUAUGCUUCUUCAAAGGUGCUGAUGAGGAUCUUGUUCCAAAAAUUGUCAACGUGCUGUUGAAUGUUAAAUUAAGUGAAGAUGAAAGUGGCAGGAACGUUUCUGUUCUUGAUUUACCAGGCAAUGUGCUAAUCAUACCACAAGCUACUCUAGGUGGUAAAGUGAAGGGAAGAAAGAUGCAGUACCAUGCAAACAUUGAAAAAGAAAAAGGGCUGGAACUUUAUUCUCAGUUUGUGACUUUGUGUGAAAAAGAGCUGGCUGCCAACACCAAAUGUGUGGAAGCAGGUGUUCUCGUCAAGCACGGCAGGUAUGGAAACAGGCAGGUGUUACAACUAGAUACAAAUGGACCUUACACUCAUCUGAUUGAAUUUUGAAAAAAUAAAUUAUAUCCUGGAUAACAAUGCUGGCUUGCAACUAAUGGAUUUUCUUUGUUUUGGGUUUUUUCUCGUUUAUAAGCAUUAAUGUACUUAAAUGGUUUCAGAGAUUGUGUAAUAAAAGCUUCAACUCAUCUGUAAUGGUGUUGCCAAUCCCAGUAAAUAGAAGGAUGCCUGAGACUGCUUUGUGAUAAUGAGUAUGUGUUUUAUGUCCAUAUUCAUCUGAAGUGUGCUCAAAUAAUUGUUAAUAUUGAUCCAAUGAAGAUGUAUAAUUUGGAAAGCUUUAUUAAUAAAAAUAGGGUAAUGCAUACAUUUCUUAUUAUAAAAUAAUGACUAAAAUAUUACAUGUGAAGUACAUUAUCUGUUGUGAAGUACGCUUGAGGAAGUGAAACAUAGAUAAAAAACCAAGAUUGCUGUAGAUGCCCAGAUUUCCUGAGUUGGAUAAUUUUUUCUCUUUCUGUUUUCUGUAUAUAAAAUAGCAAUGUUUUCUAGCUAACAAAUACACUGAAAGCACAAAUUCACUGAAUUUUUAGCCUCUUACAGCAUAGGUGCUAAAUAAGGAAGUUCAUCCCCUCAUCCAGAGUGUGUAGAGAUGUGGACACUUUAAGGUAGUACUAGGACUGAACAUAGGCUUUAACAGGGAAGAAACAGUGAGAUGCAUCUAGAAACUGAAGUCAAGGCUGUACCACUGAAUUGCUUUCUUGAAGUUUGCACUCCAAAAUCUCCUCCGAUGUGUUUUGAUAGGUUUCUUGUUAUAGCUUUGUGUGUGUCCUUGUUACCGUGGUCUUGUGGCUUACUAAAAUCUUUCAUAACAGAGCCUCAGGAGAGGGACUGAGAUAUUCAAAUGAAAACAAAAAUGAAAAUGGUACAACAUGUGCUGCCAUCUCUUUGCUCCUAUUGCUUCCUUCCAGCUUUUUGUCGAUUGAAUCUGCCAAGCAGAGACUAGCUUAUAUUUCUAUUACAUAGUGUUGGCGCAUUUGGGGCCCCACUCCCAGCUGACCCCCUAUGCACCACUGUCAUAAACAUUAUUAGAGAUGGUGUUAAGAUAUAAUGGAAAAUUCUGCCUUGUAAGGCAAUAAGAAUGGAACAGCUACAUUAAAAUAUGGCAAAUACAAAACUGAUUCAAGUGCAUUCAUACUGAGUCAAAUUUGUUUUACUGCGGCAUAAUUGUUUUUGAAGUCAGUAAUUUAGAAGGGUUCAAAGUGAAAUUAGACAAUUAUACGGCUUGCAGUUAUUAUCCAGAAUUCCUAUUUAAAUAAUAAAUUCUUUUGGAAAAGCUGUUAAACAUCAUGGUUAGUGAGUAUGCCAGCUUGUGCAGUCUUAAAUUGUAGAUCAGUAAUUACAAAUAUUCUGUCUUUAUCUUAUUAUUUAAAAAAUGUAAUGUGUUAUUUAAAAAAAGAAAACAAGAAAACAAAACACGUCAUCUGCAGGCUCAAACUAUGCCAUGAGAAUGACAUGUUUUGAACAGCUAGAAUGCUCAUAGUUUUAAUAAAAGAAUAAUGAGAUUUUUCAGGUUAACAUACUGUAUGGUUAAUAAUUAUGAAAUACCUAAGAAUGUUGAAUUCCUGGCAACUGGCACUCUCGCAGCUGAAAACAACUAUUCACACAAAUGGCCUGGAAAUAUUAGCUAGGUCUCAAAUGACAUAUUUAUUCAUUAAUAAUUAACAGUUAUGAUAGACGCAAUAUGAGUAGUUUUCUGAGUUCUUACUAGCAGCAUUUAAAUAUGAUUGGUGUGAUGUAGAUAACUAAUACUGAUUCAUUAUGGUCUGUGUGCUUGUAAAACAACUUUUAUUCUUCUUUCUGUUGGAGGCCAAAUUCUAAAAAAUGCUGAGUAACACCACUUCUCACUGACCUUACAGGAAUUGCAGGUAUUCAGUACAUCUCAAAAAUUGAUCCUUUGAAGUAUAAUUCCAAGUCUGCAGUUUUUAAUUAUAUUUUUUUUAUUGGCUCCAGAAAGAUCAUUGGCAGCCUUGCAAUUCAUUCUCUAUGUUUCUAGAACUCUGCAAGUUCUAGGAGGGAUGAACUUGAAAAUACGUAGUGAAAAACAAGAGUUCAGACCAAACUCCAUCUCAUAUUGAUCUUUCAUAUAAAACACUUACAAGCUUAGAUAUAUUUCAGUGGUUCUCGGGAUAAGACAGAACUCUGGAGUUUCUGUAAAAAAGGUUGCAUCUUUGUUUAUUAUCUGGCUAUUUCUGAUUUAUUUGUGUAUCUAUCUUGGAAUACUGAUUUCUGAUGUCUUCUGCUCCAACGACUGGCAGCUUGUUGAAUGCUGCGCCCUUUGUACUGCUUUAUUUAUAUCUACUAUUGAUUCACAGUCCAUUUACUGAAAGAAGCCAUUUCUGAAUAAGAAGAUGGACUGUACUGAUGAAAAAAUGGAUUAAAAUUAUUUUUUCAAAGUCAAAUGCUCAUUCCUUUCUGCCAUGAAUAUAUGCUUUAAACAGAUGGCCUGACGCUGCUUUAAAUAGUUUUUAUUCUAUGACUAGACAAAACCUCAAAUAAUUAUCCUGUUCUAUACUUAGAGAAUAUCUAUUGGAAGAUGCUUAAUAUUCCCCACUUCCUUGAAAUAAACUAUAAAGUCAAGAGUCAUCGUUGUGCUAUUCUAGUGUGGCCUCCAAUUCAUCUGUUAGACAGUAACUGCUACAUCAGAUUUUUGUGACCUUGUUUGCAGCCUACAAACCCAGUGUGUCU